AUGGAUUAUAAUCCAUAUACGAGUGGGUCAAAUUUUGUUGAUCUUCUUCAAAGUCAACAAAGUGAUUUUGGUUCAUCAGAAGUUCCUGUAUUUGGAACUCAAUAUACCCUGGAUUGCAACCUCGGUGCAGAGAGUCUUCUAGAGCGCAGAGAACGCAGGAAAUGGACGCCCACAGAUGACAUUGUGCUCAUCAGCUCAUGGUUAAACACGAGCAAAGAUUCAAUCGUGGGUAAUAAGCAAAGAUCAGGUGCUUUCUGGAAAAGAAUUGCAGCCUACAUGGAGGCAAGCCAGAAGGUUACAGGGUGCGAACGGAGAGAGCCGAUGCACUCUGCAACCAGGGAGAAGACCGGCGGACAAAAUGAGACUGAUGUUCUCAAAAAAGCGCAUGAGAUCUUCUACAACAACCAUCAAAAGAAGUUCAACCUUGAGCAUGCGUGGAUGGAGCUGCGCAAUGACCAGAAAUGGUGUGAUCUUUCAAGCUCAAAACAGGAUGGAAGCUCUAAAAAGAGGAAGUUGGACGACGGUACACAAUCAUCAACAUCUCACGCAACUGAAAGCAAGACUUCUGAAGCUGAUGAAAGCACCAAUCGUCCCCCGGGUGUUAAGGCACGUGGUAAGAAGAUGACGGUUGAGGGGAAGGGGAUGUCUGAGUUUCAGACAAUGUGGUCCAUUAAACAGCAGGAUCUGGCCAUGAAAGAAAUGAUGUCCAAGAUGUCUCUGCUUGACAGUCUUAUUGCAAAAAAAGAACCACUGUCUGAGUGUGAGGAAGCUCUAAAGACGAAGUUGAUUAAUGACUUGUUGUCUGUUUGA